AUGAGUGUCAGAAAAUAUUCCAAGUUUCAGCAACGGCUUACUCCCCACGCGAACUAUGUACGUCAUAGGGAUCGCCCAGGCAACGAUAUUGCGGUGUGGGGAGCGUUUCAUGGCUUAGGAGACCUCUACUCUGACCAGGGGAAGCUAAGAGAGGUAGAGGAGAUGUACCAGCGAGCACUGGUAGGUAAGGAGAAGGCCAUCGGCCCUAAUCAUACGUCCACUCUAUAUACAGUUCACAACCUUGGGGCUCUCUACAGUGAUCAGGGGAAGCUGAAGGAGGCCGAGGAGAUGUUCCACCAAGCACUAGCAGGCCGUGAGAAGGCCCUCGGUCCUGAUCAUACGUCGACUCUCACUACAGUUAACAACCUUAGCGAUCUCUACAGAGAUCAGGGGAAGCUGCAAGAGGCCGAGGAGAUGUUCCACCGAGCACUAGCAGGCUGUGAGCGAGCAGGCCCUCGGUCCUGA